CUGGAGUUGAAGCGCGAGGAGGGCAUCCAGAACCGCCGCCACGCCAGCGAGGAGGCCAACCGCGUGAUCCGCGCGGUGGAGUCCGUGGCCGCCUCGCACGGUGUCGAGCUGCGCCAGAACGGCGUCGCGGUGGUGCAACAUGUGGACGGCCGCUUCGACAGGGUGGAGGGCCGCCUCGACGGCGUGCACGCCCGGCUCGAUCGUGUGCUGGGCACGCCGGGCAGCUCGGCGGAGUGCGACCAGCAGAUGCUCCAACUCCGCCAGGAGAAGAAGCGCCGGCUCAAGGAGGAACGCGAGGCCGCCCGCGCGGUCGAGAAGAAGCGCAAGCUCGAGGAGCCCUACCGCGUGGACCGCCAGGAGGGCGACGUCGAGGUCGCGGGCGUGGUGCUCCGCGGCGAGGGCAUCGCCUGGGCCGAGGGCCGCCAGGGCGCCGACAAGUUCGUCCCGGGCCGCGUCGUCAGCGAGGGCAACCGCGCCCCCAAGCUCGUGGACGAGGACGACCGGACGCUGAGCCGCGUCGCCGCCGUCCGCUUCCAGCUCAACGGCAAGCCCACCCUGCCGCGCCUCCAGGUCGCUGAGGCCGAGAAGAAGAAGCAGCUCGCCAGGGGCGCGCCGCUGCAGCUCCACGGGAUCGCCUGCAAAGUGCUCGGUCCCGGCCUUGUGCAGGUCAAGCAGGUCCCGCAGAUGAUUCGCUUCCUGCGGAGCAAGACUCCGUUCCCGGAGCUCACGGCCGUGCAGGUCGGGCGUGUGCACCGCUACGACGCGGAGUGUCGCGACCUGGUCCCGGAGAAUGCGAAAGAGCUGCAGCUUUUCGUCGAGGACCACGUCACCGCCCAGGACGCCGAGCCCGCAGCCGCCGCGGAGCCCGCUGCCGCCGCCGAGCCCGCAGGCGCGGAGCCCAAGCAGGUGGAGGAGGACAUGGAGGAGGAGAGCCUGGAGGAGGAUCCAGUCGUGGAGCCCAAGGAGGUGGAAGAGGACCUGGAGGAGGAGAGCCCAGAGGAGGAUCCAGUCGUGGAGCCCGACGCCCAGGUCGAGAAGAUGAGAGUGCUGGGCCAGCCCGGCUUUGACGUCGAAAUCCAGGGGGCCUUCGCGACGGUGCUGGGGGACGAGCACCAGAUCUACCAAGCAGGCGUGCUCCUGGAGAGGCUCCAGCAGAAGUGCCGCCUGCUCAUGUACAAGGACGCCCGCAAGCGCGCCGAGCCCUGCGAGGAGGAAAUG